AUGUCUGACAUCACAAAGGCUUAAGUGGAAUUUAUGAAGAUCUCUUAGAUCAUUAUCAAAGAUUUUCCAUUGUAUUCUUCGCCUCCUACAUCAACAAUCAGAAAAUUUGCAUCUGAUUUAACAAACAAUAAUACUGUCUAAAAAGUUAUGUUUUGUUUAUUAUUACUUGAUUUAAUUGUGCUAUUGCUAUUCUUUUCAGAUAUGGAUGACACCUUUUUCAGAGCAUUAAAUAAUACUCAUAAUAGUUUAACUUACAUUUACAUUUUGUGGAAUAUCUUUUUAUUUUUAGCCUUAGGAGUCAAUAGAUUUUUUGAUAAUUAUUGGAGAAGGUUCUACUUUUUCCUGAUCACAAUUGCCAUAAUUGAUAUUAUUGCUGAUUUUGAAUCUGACUGGGCAUUGGCUUAUUUUAGAUCAUCUCCAUCUGAUUCAGGAUAUCAAUUUCUUAGAUUAUUCUUUGCUCUUAGAUGUUUGAGGAUUAUAUUGAUUUUCUAAGGAUUGAUAAAUCUACAGAGAUUAAUGAGAGUUAUGGUAUUUGCUUUACCAUUUUUGGGCAAGAUCUUUAGUUUAUUGAUAAUUACAAUGUAUAUUUUUGCACUGUUUGGAUGUCAUUUGUAUGGCCAAUUAGAAAAAGGAUAAGUGAUGGAUGAUCAAAUCAAUUUCCAGAACGUUGCUCAAGCCAUGCUCGCUCUAUUCAAAUGUGCAUCAGGAGAUGAUUGGAGAACUAUAAUGACUGAUACUAUGUUCUAUAAUCCCUAUUGUGCUGAAGAUGAAAUCUAUUGUGGAAGUAUUUAUAAUUAGAUAUACUUCUUCCUGUUUAUGUUAUUGUCAAAUUACGUUCUGUUAAAUUUGUUUGUCUUAGGUUUGGUGGAACAAUUUGAGUAAUUCUUUAUGCUUCAGAAUUCAAUGAUCCAGACUUAUGUUGAAAAUGUGGAUAAGAUCAAAACCAUCUGGUGCAAGUACUCUUCAGAAACCCAAGGCUAAGCUAUGCACUAUAAAUUUUUGUGUCGUUUCUUGAUGGACAUUGGAAAACCUUUGGGUGGUGGAAAAGAUGAGAAUUUGUGGGAUGUUGGCAAAUUGGCAUCCUCAUUUAAAUUGCAAUGUGAUCAUUUUGGAUACAUCCAAUAUAAUCAAUUAAUGUAUGAGUUAUUCCGAGUCUGUUAUCAUGUUGCAGUAUUCAAAAAUGGCUCUUCUUCAUCCAUUAAGAAGAUCAAGUAAUUCAACAAGGAGAUGCAACUUCGAUUGAUGUAUUAUAGAAGAAACAGAUUUCUGUAGAGAACCAACAUUAGUCCAAUUCUACAUUUGAAAGCCAAUUUCAAUAUAUUGCAUGAUUACUUGACAGUUCUCAUCAUGUACAAGGCUUGGGAGGCCUUCUCUAAGAAAUUAAUUAAGAAAUUAGCAAUUAAAUAGAAUCAAUUCACUGAACAAGAUUUAGAUGAGCAAGACUCUUCUAUCGAUCAAAAAACUAUGAAUAAUCAAUAUAUUGAUUAAGAUUGCAAUGAAUUUCUAUAGGAGGACGUUGCACAAUAAGUUUUAUCAAGGGAACAGGUUCAACCGGAAAAUAUACAUCAAAUCACUAAUUGUUCAGAUGAUGGUCAUUCUAAGAAAGAGGACAUCCCUGUUUACAAAUGGCAAAGUGAUUAGCAAUCAGGAGGACUAUAUGAACGAGCCAUCAUUUCUCCAGAUUAAUCUUUCAAAAAGAGGAAAUAUUGA